AUGGUGAUGAGCCUGCGGGUGUCUGAGCUCCAGGUGUUGCUGGGCUAUGCUGGGCGCAACAAGCACGGACGGAAGCAUGAGCUUCUAACCAAGGCGCUGCAUCUACUAAAGGCAGGCUGUAGCCCCGCCGUGCAUAUGAAGAUCAAAGAGCUGUAUCGCAGACGCUUUCCUGCAAAAAUGGUGUCUCACUCCGAGCUCUCCCUGCCCGGACCACAUCACCCAGCCACAGCGGGGAUGGUUGGAGGAGGUGGAGCUGCUUUGCCCGCUGGCCUGACGCAGUUGGCGUACGAGGGUCACGCCGGUCACAGUGGAGCACCGUCACCUGCUGCCUUAAUACCCCUCUCGCUGCUCGGCCCGGGGAAACACGAGCUUACUGGGUUGACGCACCACCUGUCCGCCGCUGUCCCACUGCACCCCGUCCACCCAGAUGUGAAGCUCCAGAGGUUGCCAUUUUAUGACAUGUUGGAUGAGCUCAUCAAGCCAACCAGUCUAGCUUCUGACAACAGCCAGAGGUUUCAGGAGACGUGUUUUGCCUUUGCAUUAACGCCACAGCAAGUCCAGCAGAUCAGCAGUUCAAUGGACAUCUCGGUGACCAAAUGCGAUUUCUCAGUUCAAGUCCAGUUGCGCUUUUGCCUGUCUGAGACGAGCUGUCCUCAGGAAGAUCAUUUUCCACCCAGUUUGUGUGUGAAAGUAAACGGCAAGCCAUGUAACCUGCCGGGUUAUCUUCCACCAACCAAAAACGGUGUCGAGCCGAAGCGGCCCAGCCGACCCAUCAACAUUACCUCACUGGUCCGAUUGUCCACCACAGUACCGAAUACCAUUGUGGUGUCCUGGACUGCGGAGAUUGGAAGGAAUUAUUCGAUGGCAGUAUACUUAGUGAAGCAGCAGACAUCCACAGUGCUGUUACAGAGGCUUCGGGCUAAAGGCAUAAGGAACCCAGACCACUCCAGAGCACUCAUCAAAGAGAAGCUAACAGCAGACCCAGACAGUGAAAUAGCCACAACUAGCCUUCGUGUGUCCUUGCUCUGCCCACUCGGAAAGAUGCGAUUGACGAUUCCAUGCCGGGCGCUGACGUGCUCCCACCUGCAGUGCUUUGACGCCACACUUUAUAUUCAAAUGAAUGAGAAGAAGCCCACCUGGGUAUGUCCUGUCUGUGACAAGAAGGCCCCUUAUGAACACCUCAUCAUUGACGGGCUUUUUGUGGAGAUCCUCAACAGCUGUAUGGACUGUGAUGAGAUCCAAUUCAAGGAAGAUGGAAACUGGGCUCCCAUGAGGACAAAAAAGGAGGUGCAGGAAGUCUCAUGUGCUGCUUUAAACAGCAGCAUGAACGGUCCGUGUCCGACAUUGAGCUCAGAUCAACAGAACUCCAUGUCUGCCAAUCACAGCAGCAGCAGAAGUGACAGCAGCAACAGCAAGAAAAUGGCAGUGAUUGAUUUGACAUUAGACAGCUCCUCGGAAGACGAAGCCCAGGACUCUCCGCCGCCACCGCUGCCGCCACCACCCCUGCCCCCUUUGCCUCCUCCAGCCAAACGAUCCUGUCCCUCCAUUUCCCCGACAUCACCGUCCGCCCUCAACAAAGGGGUGUUGAACCUGCACCACCAAUCCUCCCCGGUGAGUCGUGCUUCCAGUAUGCCAGCUGUGGAUACUAGCUACAUGCCUCCUGUACCCCCACUGAUCCAGGACUAUAGACCCUAUUACCACACUCCCAAUGACCUUCCAGAUUUGAAUUUCUUCUCCUUCCUGCAAGGUGACAAUCAUCAGCAUUACAACAUGGUGAUGGCGGCUGCGGCGGCCGCCUCCUCCUCAGAAGACCACGAGCUUCUGCUCAACCGCUUCCUGCCCUACGGCACGUCCGGCUCCUCGGCCUCUUCGCAGCUGUUCCUCGACCAACCGGGAGCCAACUCGGCAUCUUUACUGACCGUGCCGAGCAACGGGGCCGGCGGCUCUGGCGGCAGUAGCGGUGGCCUGGCGUCGUCCGGCGGCCUCCGGGACACUCAUUCCUUAUCUUCGCACUCGCACGGCGGGGUGCUGGCUGGCCGGGGUGGCGCGGAAGCAGCAGUGGCAGCUAUUUACGGAGGAAUUCCUGACGUUAUAUCGUUGGACUGA